ACAACAAACAAUAACAUCCCUUUUCACCCACUACUUGCUUGCCCCCACACCCAGUUUUCUUUUCAACUCUAGCACAUCAUCAAUGGAGUUUACGAGAAACAGCCGACAGCUCUUGUCCAAGAUAGCCACUAACGACCGACACGGAGAGAAUUCGCCCUAUUUCGAUGGCUGGAAAGCCUACGAUAGCAACCCUUUUCACCCGACUCAUAACCCUCAUGGGGUCAUUCAAAUGGGACUUGCAGAGAAUCAGCUUUGCUUUGAUUUGAUUGAAAAGUGGAUCCUGGAAAACCCAGACGCUUCCAUCUGCACCGCUGAAGGCAUCGAUAAGUUCAAAGACAUCGCCAUCUUUCAGGAUUAUCACGGCCUCAAGGAGUUUAGAGAGGGUGUAGCGAAGUUUAUGCGAAGAGUAGGUGGAAACAGGGUCAAAUUUGACCUGAACCGUAUAGUCAUGAGCGGCGGAGCCACCGGUGCUAACGAAACCGUCAUGUUUUGCUUGGCCGACCCCGGCGAUGCUUUUCUCGUGCCAUCACCUUAUUAUGCAGGGUUCGCACGUGAUCUGAGAUGGCGGACCCGGCUGGACAUUGUUCCGGUUGACUGCAGAAGCUCGAACAAUUUUCGUAUAACAAGAGCAGCCUUGGAAGAAGCCUAUGAAAAAGCUCGGAGAUCGAACAUUAAUGUCAAAGGCGUCAUCAUAGCCAAUCCUUCGAACCCUUUAGGCACGGUCCUCGACAAAGAGACGAUGAGAAGCUUGGUCAGUUUCAUCAACGACAAGAACAUCCACCUCGUGUGCGACGAAAUCUACGCCGCCACUGUGUUUAGCUCUCCUCGAUUCAUUAGCAUCGCCGAGAUCAUACAAGACAUGGAUUGCAACCGUGAUUUGAUUCACAUCGUUUACAGCUUAUCCAAGGACAUGGGGUUCCCUGGCUUACGUGUCGGCAUUGUUUACUCUUUCAACGACGAUGUUAUGAAUUGUGCCCGAAAGAUGUCGAGUUUCGGACUGGUUUCGUCUCAGACACAGUUUUUCCUCGCUUCGAUGCUGAACGACGAGGAGUUUGUCGGGAAUUUCUUAAGGGAGAGUUCGAAGAGGUUAGCCAAAAGACACCAUGUGUUCACUAAAGGACUCGAACGAGUAGGGAUUUCGAGCUUAAAAAGCAAUGCCGGUUUGUUUUUCUGGAUGGACAUGCGACCACUCCUCAAAGAACAAACCGUCGAAGCUGAAAUAGAGCUCUGGCGUGUGAUUAUCAACAAAGUGAAACUCAAUGUCUCGCCAGGCUCUUCUUUCCAGUGCUCGGAGCCCGGUUGGUUCCGCGUCUGCUUUGCGAACAUGGACGAUGAGACGGUCCGAGUAGCACUAGAGAGAAUCCGACAAUUCGUGCUUCAAGGAAAGGAAAAAGAUGAUGUAUCGGACAAGUCUAAGCAUUGGAAAAAACAGAAUCUUCGCCUCAGCUUCUCCUCGGUUAGAUUAUACGACGAAAGUCUCAUGACUCCUCGCAUGAUUUCACCUCAUUCCCCGAUUCCUCACUCGCCCCUCGUUCGAGCCAGGACUUGAAUUAAAACUCAGUAAUCAUAACUUACGUAGCAUUGCAUGCAUGCCUAAUAAUGUUUAACUAGACAUUAUAAUUUAUUUUUAGGAGAUUAGUAUGGCUCAGAUUGAUUUAGUUAAUUAGCAGUAUCUUUUAGUCUGACGC